AUGUCUGAUAACACUUCCAGAGAUGUGCCAAUGUACAGCUUAGGUAAACUGGAAAAAAUCAGCCUACAGCAGCAAAAUGGGGACAGGGAUAAAGACAUUCAGCUGAUAGACAGAGUGGAGGAAGCCCAACUGAACAACAAACUCGUCAUCAAUCCCAAGCAAUCUGAUCUGAUCAAUUUUAAAGUUUCCAUAAAUGGUAUCGUCGUCAAGGAUAGGUCUGGGGAGGUGGUCAUUCAUAGGUUUCCAUUGCAUGCCAUUGCUCAAAUAGUGUACUACAACGACCCAAAUGACAAAAGCAACUUAGUAUUCAAAGUGGGCAGCCAUGAUCAACUGAUAUGCGAUUGCUAUGUAUUUCAGUGCAUCGACGACGUAACUGCUGUUGACGUCUGUGAGAAGUUGAAACUCUAUUUCGAUAUCAGUCUGAAUUCCUAA